AUGCGCUUUACAACAUUUGCGGACGAAGAAGGGACAGACAUUGAUGAUGAAAAAGAAGUAACGUUGAAUGCUUCAGAUAUUACACCGGAAUUUACAUUGGAUUGUCGAUCUGUACCUUUCUAUCUUUGCAAUACAAAAAGCAACGAUAGCAGCAAUGAUGUGCGCGACUUAUGGAAAACUCAGUUUGAAUUUUUUUUAUCGCUGCUUGGUUUUAUGGUUGGUGUUGGGAACACACUAAAAUUUCCUUCACUAGCUUACGAGCACGGUGGAGGUGUGUUUUUAAUAUCUUAUUUUAUUUGUUUGUUUCUUCUUGGGUUACCAAUUGUGUUUAUGCAUCUCUGCAUAGGCCAGUAUUCAGGCCUUUCUGCAAGCGGUGCUUUUUGGAAACUCAUGCCAAUUGCAUCAGGUAUCGGAUGGACAUUGGUCAUUCUUGCAAUACCAGUUUCUAUUUAUUAUAAUAUCAUUGUUGCUUGGUCUAUUUAUUAUUUUUGGUUCUCAUUAAAAGGUUUUUUCAUAAAAGAACUACCUUGGAGUCAGUUACUGAAUCGUACGGCACUUAUUUUCCAAGAAAGUCAGUUUUCCAUAGCAAAUGUGACUACAGCGAUGUGGAAUGCAACUUUCUCAAAUACUGAUAUACCGAUUACACCUGAUAAUAUGACUUCUCCAACUUUAGGACCAAUACAAAGUCAUUUAGUGCUUUCAUUAGCAUUUGCUUGGAUUUUGGUAUUUUUCGGUGUUUUCAAUGGAAUUGGUUCGAUUGGUUGGGCUGUCACAGUCACAUCAACUUUGCCUUACUUAUUGCUAGGAAUUCUUUUAUUGCGUGGUGUAUCAUUGCCUGGAGCUAGUCAAGGCCUAGCAUUUCUUUUCAAGCCUGACGUUGGGAAAAUUUGGUCAAUACCAAUAUGGAAAGCAGCUGCAGAACAAGUAUUUUACUCACUGGGCAUUGAUGCCGGCCCUUUGAUAUCCAUGGCAAGCUUUAGUAGAUACCGAAAUAAUAUUUACCGCGAUGCUGUCGCAGUCGUCUUAAUGUAUAUAAACUUUAUUCUUUCUGCUAUGGUGAUAUUUUCUUUCAUUGGUUUCAUAGCACAAAAUCAACAACGACCGCUUGAUGAAAUUUUACAACAUGAUCCUUUGUAUAUUGCUUUCACGAUAUAUCCAGAUGUUACUUCGUUUAUGGAUGUAAUGGGACCUCUUUGGGCUGCUCUGUUUUUUUCUAUGCUUACGCUCUCAGCUGUUGAUGCUCAGUUUGCGUGGAUAGAAAUGAUUGUUUCAUCAAUUAUGAAUAAAUUAGACAAAAUCGACAAACGAACGGAGACCCGUCUAGUAGUUGGCUUGUGUAUUAUAUGUUUUAUUUGUGGUUUACCACUUACUACCAGAGGAGGUAUAUACAUUUUUCAUUCUAUCGAGAACUUAAACGCCAAUUGGAAUUCAUUUUCAAUCAGUUUAUUGCAAAUUAUUGUCAUCUGCUAUAUUUAUGGUGUAGACAAUUUUAUUGUGGAUGUUGGCGAAAUGCUGCAAAAUCUAAUCAUUAAGCGAAAAAAUACAUGGCAUAGAUUGAAAUUUUUUUUUGGUCCAACUGGUGGUUACAUCCGUUGGACAUGGUCAUUUUGCAGUCCUUGUAUUCUUGCGUUUUUACUUUUCGCUUCGAUAUUCAGCUAUCAACGUCUAACUCUAGAGGACCAGGCCAUUCCAUUACGUUACGAAUUGGUUGGUUGGUUUAUGAUGGUUGGUCCACUUGUGGUUAUACCAUGUAAUAUAUGUUGGACAUUGUAUGAGACGUGGAGAAAUAAUAUGGUUUGUUUUUGUGUAGUUGAAUAUAUUCACCUAAGCUUUCAUUCUCAAAAUACUACCGAAUUAGCGCUGUUUGGUGCACCACCAGCUAUUGUAUUUCCCGAGACUAGGAUUACAAGUACGGUAAUUUGCCGUGCUAGAAAAGGGGACGAAGUUCGGAUACCAGUAAGAGUGAACUGUUCAUCUGAUUCUGUCAAGCGUAAUUGUUCACCUUCACUAUCGGAACAUGUACGAACUACUGAAAUAGUUUUUUUUUUCUUGCAUGGCUUACAGUUUGUAGGAAAAUUUUAA